CAAAACAAUCCGCCCCGCCGGCCCCGUCCCCGGGGUCGUUAGCCUCUCGGUCCCGCGCUCUCCGCUCACUUCCGGUCAUGGCUCCGCUCAGGUUCUGCGCCAACGUGUCGUGGCUCUUCACGGAGCUCCCGGACUUCGGCCAGCGGCUGCACGCGGCCGCCGCCGCCGGCUUCCGGGCCGUGGAGGCCGCCUGGCUGUACGACUCCGACCCGCUGGAGCUCCAGAGGGCCCGGCGGGCCGCGGGGGUGGAGGUGGUCCUCAUCAACACCCCUCCAGGGGACCUGGACCGGGGAGACCUGGGCCUGGGGGCGGUUCCUGGGAGGGAGGCGGACUUCAGACGGGGCCUGGACCUGGCCGUGCAGUACGCACGAGCUCUGGACUGCAGCAGGAUCCACCUGAUGGCGGGCCGGGUCCCCGCUGGUUCUGACAGAACCCUGGUCUACAGAGACAUGGAGGCGGUGUUCUUGCAGAACCUCAGCUACGCCGCGGACGUUCUGUCGAAGGAGGGCAUGACGGGCCUGAUCGAGCCCAUCAACACGCGCAUCACGGAACCGCGCUACUUCCUGGACUCCCCUCAUCAAGCGUCGGAGAUCCUGGAGAAGCUCGGGAAGGAGAACAUCCGGCUGCAGAUGGACGUCUUUCACUGGCAGAUCAUGGACGGGAACCUGACGGAGAACAUCCGCAAGUACCUCCCGUUGAUUGGUCACGUCCAGAUCGCUCAGGUUCCCGGCCGGAACGAGCCCGACAGCGACGGAGAACUGGACUUCCGCUACCUGCUGGGAACGCUGGAGCGCCUCGGGUACCGGGGCUACGUGGGCUGCGAGUACAAACCCCGAGGUUCCACCGUGGAGGGUCUGGCCUGGAUCCAGCAGUACCUGAGCUGAGGAGUCCUGAGAACAAUCCCGCAAACCUUCGAAUAAACACCUGCUCCUGUCGGAACGCCGACACAUGUG